UGUGGUCAAAGCGACCGUGUGUUGUAAACAAACCGGAAAGAUGUUUGGAGGAUCAGCAGUUGGCGAAGACGUGGACAGCUCGGCGCAGGAGAGUAAUAUGAUGUCAUCAUUCCAAUCAGUAGAGAAUGAUAGUGAAGAGAAGUAUUUUCGAAAGUAUCAGGCUAUUUUGAGGAGGUGCAAGAGCAUUCAGAAGGAAAAUGAGAUGUUGGUCAACCGAGUAUAUCAAGUCAAAAAGAUUGUAAGAAGGUUGAGGAGAGAGAGAAAAUUUCUCAUGGAGGAGCUGGAUAAACGCGGAGAUAAUUACAGAAGUUUGCCCUUGACCAUCGCUAUUGAUGAAGAGGAAAAGUCCUUUGCUUUGCCGCAGACCUCAAGCUUGCCUGCUCUGGGGAGGCCAAGAAGUAACAGCACAGUAUCCAGUGGGAAACGUCAGGUAUGCUUUUAAAAAUUAUUUAGAUAAUUUAAACCUAUCAAUUUUCUUAGAUAUUGGCUUAGCAAAUUAUC